AUGAAUAUUCUGGAAGCUAAAGCCGCUGAGUUUAAAUUGCAGAUCUUGAGGUUAAGCAUUUGUGUAAUGGAAGAAGUGAAGGGACAAAGAGGAAGUGGAACCACAGAGGCAGAUUUCGUGCUGCAAUGGGGAGAGAGAAAAAGAGUUCGAUGCAUGAAAGUGAAGAAAGAUCAGAGCCUUGCAAAUGGCAAGUCGACUGAUUGUUUGACUAAGCGGAAACUCCUUUCGCGAGCUGUCUCUUCUGAGAGAGGCUCUCCUUCUCGGCAUCUUAACCGUCCAAACAAGAUCAUAGAUUCUCCAGGUAAUGUGCGGAGAUCGUUUGUGGCAUCCCCUGAGAAGGAAGAUAGAUACUACACAACGAGGGGUUCGAUGGGUACAGAUGAGAGUGGGAAAAUUAUAAAGGAGACUGUGAAGGAAACAAAGAAGCAUGUGUGGCCAAAGUUGUUUUUAACUUUGUCAAAUAAAGAGAAGGAAGAAGAUUUCUUGACUAUGAAAGGGUGCAAGCUUCCUCAAAGACCCAAGAAACGAGCCAAACUGGUUCAAAAGACAUUGCUUCUGGUGAGUCCAGGUACUUGGUUAUCGGAUCUGUGCAAAGAGAGGUAUGAAGUAAGAGAGAAGAAGACUUCAAAGAAGCGACCAAGAGGAUUGAAGGCAAUGGGGAGCAUGGAAAGCGAUUCAGAGUGA